AAAGCAGUGCUACUGAAGCAAUGUUUUCAAAAACUACAAGUAAAGUAAAAUUUCAAGAUCAACAAUUAGACGACUAUGUUUUGGAGAAUUCAGUGCUGAAAAGUAAACUUCAAAGCAAAAUAGAUGCUCUCCUGAUAAUGAGCAAAGAACUUGACAAAUGCAGCAUGGAAAGAGAUAGAUACAAAUUACUUGUUGAGCAACUGAAAUGCAAAAAGAUUGCUGUGAAUCAGCAUGAAUAUAAUGACAAUGUUUAUAGAUUCACACCCACAAAUACAAUAAGCGGAGGUGACAUGUUAGCUAAAACGCGGGAUCACAAUAACAUGCUCAAACUUGAGGUAGAAAUGUUGCAUAGUAAACUGGAGGAAGCUACUGGUGACAUAGUGGCUUUGAGAAAACAAUUACAGAAAAAAGAAACUCUAAUAGAUGAAUCUAGUAAAAAAACAUCUAUGACUUAUUCAAAUAAAGACUAUGAACAACUUGUACAAGAGUUAGAGAAAAUUCAAAAAAAGUAUCAACAGCUACAAUUAGAUUACCGGGCAACUUUAGAUGAAAAGGAAGAACUGGUCGCUGAUAGGGAUUAUUAUAAAAAUAAAGUACAACGAUUGAAUCAACAGAUCAGCUAUAUAUUAUCUAACAGAGUCAAGCCAAAUUCUGACAGGGAGAUCGAUAUUCCAAAACCAAUCAUAGAUAUUGAUGCUUUAGUUACAGAAAAUAAAUAUUUACAUGAAAGAAUAACACAGCUGCAAGUAGAGAAAGAAAUUAUCAAGCGUACAUUGACAAAAUAUAAGACAUUAUUAGAUAACAGAAAUAAAAAUGAAUCUCUGAGUUUCAAAAAGGGUUUUGCAGACGUAAUGACACAAAAACAAGUACGGGAGUUCCUAGAUACGAAUAGUAAAACUGGUUUGAAAAGGAGUUCCGCUGCGGAAUUAAAAUCUGUAUGUCUAGGUUUAUUUGAGGCACUAAAUGACAAAUCUAUAGCCUUACAACACCAAAGGAAAACUAAUCAGAUUCUUGCGAAUCGAAUAACAGAGUUAGAAAAAACAUUAGAAAGUUGGUGCAAUGGUCAAAAAUAUAUCCCAAUAUUUCCAUCGCAAAUGCUUCUGGAAGAGUUUCUUACUGACACAGGCUCUGUGAAGUCAGAUGAAGACAAACACAGGCAUUCAAUAUCACAGGACAACAUCGACAACACCAAGAGCAGUAACUCUGAUAGUGACAAUGAUCUGAAUAAGGACUGUGAGGAGUCAUCAGAUAUCAGGUGUGACGAUGAUAAAAAUAAAUGUCAAUUCAGUGGUAUCAAUAGAAAUACAAAAACUAUAUUACCAUAUGAAUUGGAGGAAUUAGUUCGAGAGGCUAUGGCGGAGUUGAAGCCGACUAGUUAAAACAUAUCCAUUAGAAUAGAGUGGUAUCACACAUAUAUCCGAAUUAAUAAUAAUAUAAACAACUACUAUUCAAUGCAAAAUUAUUUCGAACCCUUCUAAUAACAAAAUUGUCUUGAAAGUUAACACAUGUUAUCUAUGAAAGACAUUAUAUGUAUGUAUUUAAACGACAGGAACUUUUAGUUGAAGAUAGAUUAUUGGCUCUCUUCAGGAUCAUGCCUGGUCCUCUAAGAUAAAGUAUUCAUUAUCAUAUUAAUAUCAUUCCGUUUACACGGCUUAAGUCAUAUUAAUUGUUAAGAAGAUAAAAUACUUUCUAUUCUACUUUAUGUGGGCAAAGUCAAUAUACGGCUAUAAUAUAAAAUUUAAAUAAUGUAUACAAAACUGUAUAAUUGUUAUACUAUAUAUAGUUAAUAUUCAAUUAUGGCUGAGGUACAAAAGUAUAUAUAUGGCUACCCCAAUGGAAGACGUGAGACAAUAUAUGUAUAUAUUACUGCACAAGAAAGUCAAGUUAUUUCAGUAACAUACUUAUAGUUUAUUUUAACUUUGUUAAUAUUUUGUUAGGUAUAGUUAUAGAUAUUUGUAAUAAUUUUGUAAAAUUUAAACAUUACACUUAUUUAAGUCUAAAGUUAAGGUCCACUUUAGGAACGGCGUCACAGCAUAGUCCGGAAGAUAACAGAUUGAACGAUAAUAAAUUGGUUAAUUUACAAAUUCAUGUUCUUAUAUCGGAACUAUGUCACAGCCCAAGGAAAUUAAACAUCUACAGGACACUUAAAUUUUCAUAUAUGAAUUUUUAUAGUAUUAUUCUUACAAGUUAUUAUAAAAUUUUAUUGAUAUCUCGAUCUGAUGCAUUCCAAAGAAUUAUCUAGUCCAAUCGAAUAUUAUCUAGUCAUAGUAUUUUACUUAUUUCUCUAGAUAUGUUCGUUUUUAAUUUGCGAAAUAAAUGAUAUAUAUACAAAUAUGCAAGUGUCAUUUUUCCUUGAAUUUUUCUUUUUCUUAAUAAUUAUUUACUACUUCAUGCGUAGUACUAGUAGGACAAAAUAUUGUAUACACAUAUAAUAAAACACCUUUAUUAAGACAAAAUAAUUUAUUAUAUCUUUAGCAACUAUACCUAUACUGGUAAUUAGUAUAAUAUGUAGAUAUAUUAACGAUUUUUCUGGCUGCCUAUCUCAGAGCAAAAAAUAAAUAAAUCCUUAAUGUCCCUUCAACAGGAUGUAUAACAUAUUGUAUUUAUUUAAAAAGUAAUGACACUAAUAAGUAGAUAAAAAGUACAGGUUUGCUUAACUUUUUUCUUGCUCUAAGCUAAACAUAUUAACUAUUUUUAAAAAUAUAAACGUAGCCACAUGUUUUAUUUGUUUUAUAUUUUAUGUAAUAGAACAAUUGCGAAUACACUUCUCUAAUUGUGUAACUAACUACACAAAUAAGCGUCUCUACAAGUUUCGAUGUUCGAUAUCAAUGAUCAAACUAUAUCCAAGUUUCAAAAUAUACAAUAAAAGAUUUAUUUUGGAUUAUUUGCUCUUAUAUUAUAACGCACUUUCUUUUAACCAAUGACAAGAAGUUAUUUAACUUGGCGAAUUUAAUUUUAAAUACAUUUCUCAAAUAAUCCAUUUCGUCUCCUGCAAUGAAGACAUUUUCAUGUAUUAUAUCUUCACUGAAAAUACGCUAUAUUAUAUAAGUGUUUUAUACAUUUGCAUAAUCCAUGUUUAGACCUAACAACAUAUUUUGCCACGCGAUGACAGGAUAUGUAUGUCAACAUAAAUUCAAUUAAUUAUAUAUGUAAACAUAUAAAAAUAUAUAAUUUACUUAAACUAUACAGAUAAAUUCAAUAUUGAUAGGUAGUAAUAAUAUACCUACUAAAUAUUAAUAUUUCAUAUGUUUAAAAUCAAGAAAUUAAGUUAACAAUUAUUCCGGAUAACAAAGCACUUUGGAAUACAGACACGUAAAAAAAUUUGUAAUGUACAACUUAUAUUUAAUUAUAAUAAUUCACAAUACAUUAAACUCUCUAGUAACACGAAAGACUAAUAAAAUAAAUUACGCAACUGAAAGUAAAAUAAUAUAUGUUAACAGUUAAUAAUCACAAUGAAAAUAUAUAUAUUGCAUUACAUUAUCAAAAACGGUACCCCAUCCAUCCAGCUCAUUUAUGGGAUCCUUACAAAUUAUAAGUGAGAUGACAAUAGAAGGUGUACUUAUAUGUACUAAGACACGUUCUCAAACCAUUGUUUGACAGUUCCGGUACAUUAUUAUAGACGCUUGUUUCAUAAAACGGCAUUUUGCUAAACUGUUUAACAAAAGAAAACGAAACAAGUCUAUUGUAUCCAAUAUUAUUAAACUGAAAUUUGAAAUGGCUGUAGGUUAAUUACAAAGGUUUUAUAUGAACAUUAUUUCAUUUAGUAAAAUAAGUACUGGAAAUAAUCAAUAAGAACUGGAUAGCAUUCAGACCGCUUUCGCUAUAGAAUCUGUGACUUAUAACAUAAUCAACGCAAUGAGACUGCGAUCAGGGCUGUGUGCUUGUGUGCGGCGCACUAGGGACCUUGGAUAAAAAGCACAACACAUUUGUUACAGUCUAGUCAUUAAUAAGUAAGUAGGAUGAACAUAUUUAGAAUAAUUUGAAAAUGAAAAUAAUAUUAUGUCGAAACAGACACGGGGGGGUCGCGCGAGGCGUUCAGGCGAUGGCGGAGUAGUGCGAGAGCGCGCAGGCGUCGGCGUGCAGGUGAUAUAUGUGUCGCACACACGGGGGGGUCGCGGGGCGUUCAGGCGAUGGCGGAGUAGUGCGAGAGCGCGCAGGCGGCUGAAUGCAGUUGAUAUAUGUGUCGCACACACGGGGGGGUCGCGGGGCGUUCAGGCGAUGGCGGAGUAGUGCGAGAGCGCGCAGGCGACGGCGUGCAGGUGAUAUAUGUGUCGCACACACGGGGGGGUCGCGGGGCGUUCAGGCGAUGGCGGAGUAGUGCGAGAGCGCGCAGGCGUCGGCGUGCAGGUGAUAUAUGUGUCGCACACACGGGGGUCGCGGGGCGUUCAGGCGAUGGCGGAGUAGUGCGAGAGCGCGCAGGCGUCGGCGUGCAGGUGAUAUAUGUGUCGCACACACGGGGGGGUCGCGGGGCGUUCAGGCGAUGGCGGAGUAGUGCGAGAGCGCGCAGGCGUCGGCGUGCAGGUGAUAUAUGUGUCGCACACACGGGGGGGUCGCGGGGCGUUCAGGCGAUGGCGGAGUAGUGCGAGAGCGCGCAGGCGGCGGCGUGCAGGUGAUAUAUGUGUCGCACACACGGGGGGUCGCGGGGCGUUCAGGCGAUGGCGGAGUAGUGCGAGAGCGCGCAGGCGGCGGCGUGCACGAGAUAUAUGUGUCGCACACACGGGGGGGUCGCGGGGCGUUCAGGCGAUGGCGGAGUAGUGCGAGAGCGCGCAGGCGGCGGCGUGCAGGUGAUAUAUGUGUCGCACACACGGGGGGUCGCGGGGCGUUCAGGCGAUGGCGGAGUAGUGCGAGAGCGCGCAGGCGGCGGCGUGCAGGUGAUAUAUGUGUCGCACACACGGGGGUCGCGGGGCGUUCAGGCGAUGGCGGAGUAGUGCGAGAGCGCGCAGGCGUCGGCGUGCAGGUGAUAUAUGUGUCGCACACACGGGGGGGUCGCGGGGCGUUCAGGCGAUGGCGGAGUAGUGCGAGAGCGCGCAGGCGGCGGCGGAGGCGGCGGCGUGCAGGCGCGGG